GUCUGGAGCUACGUCAAAGACAUGAGCGGCUAUUUGAGCCUGUUCAAGAAGCCACAUAGAAUCAUUUUCGACCUAGGAAACCUUGUUGAUGAUGUAUAUACUGGCUGCUGGAAUACCACACUGACGGCAACCUUCUUUACUGCCGAAGACGAGAUUGAGCCAGCAGAUGUCAUCAUUCCAAUCUCUGCUCGGAGGUCUGUCGAUAAUUCCCCAAGCGCAUUUAUUGUGCCGGAAACUAGAGCAGUCGACACCAUCAUGUUGCCGCGAAAUGCCAAGAAAGCCGUGGUGACUAUCUCCGCUUGCGGACAAGCUGCCGAGGAAUUCUGGUGGACCAACGUACUCUCUUCCGACACGAGUGUUUUUGGGGGACACACAUUGCUAUAUGGCCACUCGCCCUUCCGGGAGAUUCAACUUCUUAUUGAUGGGCAGUUGGCUGGGGUUGCUUGGCCUUUUCCAGUCAUCUUUACUGGAGGUUUUCUCCCAGAGUUAUGGCGACCAGUAGCAGGGAUUGAUGCAUUCGACCUCCAAGAAGACGAAAUUGACAUUACAUCUUUCAUCCCAUUACUCAACGAUGGCAAAAGUCAUAUAUUCGAAAUCCAAGUUCUUGGCAUCGAUGACGAUGGAAAUGGCACGGGCACGUUCACAACAGCAAUUGAAUCAAAUUGGGUCGUCACUGGCAAAGUCUUUGUUUGGCUUGACGCAAACAACAAGCCUCUAACGGGAACGGGACCCGUCUUGGACUCAGUCGCUUCUAUUCAACUGACGUCUGCAACGAAGCAAGACACGAUUGGUGUUUCCUCGUUGGCUUACUCAGUCCAAGUAUCACGCAGCAUAUACGUCAAGUCGACAUUGGAUACUGCCGAUGGACGAGAGACGGCCAUAUGGAGCCAGAACCUGACUUUUUCCAAUAAUGGCACGUUGAGCAACAUGGGAGACGAUCAAGUUGUGCGCCAGUUUACUGCUGGUAAACAAGCUACACUAGCGGGUUACUCGAAGAGUUUCGAGUAUCCUCUUCGGGCCCAUUGGUCUUACCAGACCGCAGUGGAUGACAGUGUCAGCAUUGAUGCAAGCAUGCAGCGAGGAAAACAGAUGCAGCAGCUGGGUGACCUAGCAUUUCCUAACAGCUGGAAAACGUUUGACUAUACUCGCUUGCCAACAGCGCUUUCUCCCAGACGUGCUUUUCUUGGUUCCAAGAUGAACAACUCGCAGAAUGGCACAGCACAUCGCCUGUCCAAGCCUCUACAACGGAAUUCGCAUAGCUCAAGUAACACAGAGCAGCAUAUGACGUUUAGCGGCGUUGGCAGUGCACAUGAGAGAAUUGUGGUCCAGGAUAGCACACGUGUCCCCGACGUAGCCGGGCAAGUCUGGUCAGCAAGACCCCUUUGUCAGGAACUAUACAAAAGGAGUAUUGUAGCGGCCAACGAAUCGGUCGUGUAUGACAGUGAAAGUUACGGCGGUCAAGUACACGGUCAAAGCACCUUUUCCGCUGCCCGUGGGCAGGAGGUCAAUGGCGCCGGUCACGGUGGGGCGCGCGAAUUUGCGGCAAAGCCAAUCAAGGCAAGACCAGGGCGGAGACCCGCUUAGGCGGGAACUUUGACGAAGGUGGGGAGUAGGAGAAGAGCAGUGUGGGAGUAGCCUGGGAAAGUCUACCGAUGCCGUGUACGCAGUACAUUUAGAUGGGCAGAGAAUACGGCAUAGCAUGCGAGCAGGAGCAUUUGGGGCAGUUUUCUGCUGGUACCAUGAAAAUUUUUAUGUCUGGUAAUAAACCGGUAACUGUCAUGUCGCUUUGGGAUAAGGGGGGGAGAGGCAAUGCGCUUGCAAGCGAUGUCUUUCAAUUUCUUCAUUUAUAGUAGCUCGCUAAGCUUGGUAGUUCCGCAUGUAUAGUACAUGCACACAUCUUCGUUGUCACACUACGCCAUUGAUCAGCAAUCAAAAAAAAACGCCAUGUGCGGUGUUGGUCGUGCU